CAAGAAAAAGUCAAACCAAAGAGUCAUUCAUCUAGACUUACGAGCUUGGGUGGGUGAGAACUCUCUGCUUUGCUUACAUAGUUACACCCACUGCCCCGUCCAUUUUCAUUUCCACUUCUCUCUGAAUGGCUCAAAAAAGCAAGAUUUUGGUGAUCGGAGCGACCGGAUACAUCGGAAAAUACAUAGUGGUGGCAAGCGCAAAAGCUGGACACCCCACUUUUGCAUUGGUCAGAGAAAGCACAGCUUCUAAUCCCGAAAAGUCUCAUGUCAUUGAGAGCUUCAAGAGCUCUGGGGUGACACUUCUCUAUGGAGACAUCUAUCAUCAUGAGAGCUUGCUGAAGGCAAUCAAGCAAGUCGAUAUAGUGAUCUCUACAGUUGGGUCACAACAGAUAGCUGAUCAGGCGAAGAUUAUUGCUGCCAUCAAAGAAGCUGGAAAUAUCAAGAGAUUCCUCCCAUCGGAGUUUGGACCGGAUGUGGAUUGUGCCCAUGCAGUUGAGCCAGCUGCAAGCUUUUUUGGGCUCAAGGCUGGCAUCCGGAGAUCAAUUGAGGCUGAAGGAGUUCCAUAUACAUACGUCGUGUCCAAUGGCUUUGCUGGGUCCUUUCUGCGCAACUUUGGACAGGCAGGUGCCACAGCUCCUCCCAGAGAAAAAGUACAAAUAAUUGGAGAUGGAAAUCCCAAAGCAAUUUUUGUCAAGGAAGAAGAUGUUGCCACUUAUACCAUAAAAGCAGUUGAUGAUCGGAGAACAUUGAACAAGAUUCUCUAUCUGAGACCCCCUGCCAACAUUUUGUCCUUCAAUGAGAUCGUCUCCCUGUGGGAGAAGAAGAUAAGCAAGACCCUCGAGAAGAUUUAUGUUCUGGAGGAUCAACUUCUUAAGAAAAUCCAGGAAUCUCCCAUGCCUGCAAACCUCUUUGUAUCCAUCAGUCACUCCGUGUUUGUGAAGGGUGAUGCUGGGAACUUUGAGAUUGAUGCUUCUGUUGGCGUGAAGUCUUCUGAGCUUUAUCCAGAGGUGAAAUACACCACUUUGGAUGAACACCUGGAUCAGUUUGUCUAGAACUUGCAUGGGGUACUCGAUCGUUUCUGCAGGCAAUAUGUUAUGUCCUACCGUACAUGUAUAAUAAAAGGACAACCUCGUGAAGCCUCCAUGGUCUAUGAUUACUUUGCGGUUCUUGUAGCUUGCGAUAGAACAUGUUAAUCUCAAAACAAAUUUUCUUUUGCUUUUGCUGGUGGGAGGACCAUGAAAAAUUUCCACUGAACUAAUGGUUUGUGCA